UUCACUCGCGAGCUAGCGCAUCGCAUGCCACUCUCGAUCAAUCGCGCGCCGCCACCUCUCGCAGAUCAGCUACUCCGUUGAGUUGUUCUUGCCGCUGCGUUUGUUAGGUUUGUUGUUGCUUUGUCGAUCUUGUGAUUGAACAUAUAAUGUUGCUGCUUUAACGGCCGGAACGUCCAUGGAAGCAGCGGCCCCGGCGGCGGCGGCGGCGACGGAGUCCAAGAUGGACUGCUUCUUGACGACUGUCUGCACGCCGCUCAACCUCCAGUUCAUCGACGUGUCGUACCGCGUCAAGGUGGAGAGGUCGGCGGCGGCGAAGGCGCCGCCCGGUCGGAUAUCGCAUUCGGGUGGCGGGGCCGGCGUUGCGGUGGCGGUGGAGGAGAGGACGAUACUCAAGGGGAUAACCGGCGAGGCGCGCCCGGGCGAGGUGCUCGCCGUGCUUGGCCCGUCCGGGAGCGGCAAGUCCACGCUGCUCUCAAUCCUCGGCGGCCGCCUCGCGGGCCGGCACGCCGGGACGGUCCUGGCGGGCGGGCGCCCGCCGUCGCGCGCCGUGCAGCGUCUCACGGGCUUCGUGGCGCAGGACGACGUGCUGCACCCGCACCUCACUGUGCGGGAGACGCUCGUCUUCUGCGCCAUGCUGCGCCUGCCGCGGGCCGGCCCCGCCGCGGCCAAGGCGGCGGCCGCCGAGGCCGUCAUCGCCGAGCUGGGACUCGCCGCGUGCGCCGACACCAUCGUCGGCAACGCGUUCGUGCGCGGCGUGUCCGGCGGCGAGCGGAAGCGGGUCAGCAUCGGGCACGAGAUGCUCGUGAACCCGAGCCUGCUCAUCCUGGACGAGCCUACGUCGGGGCUCGACUCCACCGCCGCCGCGCGCCUCGUCGCCACACUCUCGGCGCUGGCCCGCAAGGGCCGCACGGUGGUGCUGUCCGUGCACCAGCCGUCCUCCCGCGUGUACCGUAUGUUCGACUCCGUGCUGCUGCUCGCCGAAGGCAGCUGCCUCUACUACGGCGCCGGCCGCGACGCCAUGGACUACUUCGCGUCCGUCGGCUUCGAGCCGGGAUUCCACGUUAACCCGGCCGACUUCAUGCUCGACCUCGCCAAUGGUUUUGCUCAAGCAGAUUACAAUUGCACAACAGAAGGCGGCAACGUGAAGCAGUCGUUGAUCUCGUCGUACAACAAGGAGCUGGCCCCCAGGGUGAAGGCGUCCAUCAACGCGGGCGUCGUCGCAGAGCACGCGCGGAGCGUCGGCGAGCAGCUGGCGGUGGAGAGCUGCAGCGGGUGCACGAGCUGGGGGAACCAGUUCGCGAUCCUGCUCCGGCGCAGCCUCAAGGAGCGGCGUCACGAGGCGUUCACGUCGCUGCGCAUGUUCCAGAUCAUCGCGCCGGCGCUGGUGGCCGGCGCCAUGUGGUGGCGGUCGUCGCCGCUGGCGGUGCAGGACCGCCUGGGCCUGCUCUUCUUCGUGUCCAUCUUCUGGGGCGUCUUCGCGUCCUUCAACGCCGUGUUCGCGUUCCCGCAGGAGCGGCCCGUGCUGGCCCGGGAGCGCACGUCGGGCAUGUACGCGCUGUCGUCCUACUUCAUGUCCCGCAUGGCCGGCGACCUGCCCAUGGAGCUGGUGCUGCCCACGGCGUUCACCGUCAUCGUGUACCUCAUGACCGGGCUGAACCCGUCGCCGGCCGCAUUCGCGCUCACCCUGGCGGUGAUCCUGUCGUACGUGCUGGUCGCCGAGGGGCUCGGCCUCGCCGUGGGCGCCCUGAUGAUGGACGCCAAGCGCGCGUCGACGCUGGUGACGGUGAUCAUGCUGGCGUACCUCCUCACCGGCGGGUUCUACGUGCACAACGUGCCGGGGUUCAUGGUGUGGGCCAAGUACACCUCCUUCACCUACUACUGCUACCGCCUGCUCAUCGCCGUGCAGUACAGCGGCCACCUGAGACGGCUGCUCCCGGCGGAUGCCGUCGACGGCGAGGCCGGUCCAGGGGCCUGCGUCGCGGCGCUCGUCGCCAUGUUCUUCGGGUACCGGCUGCUGGCAUACCUCGCGCUGCGCCGCGUCAGGACGUGAUCACCGCGCGCCGUAAUCAUCAGUUAGCUAGCUAGCUAGGUGUCCAUUAACUACUCCGGCCGACCGGUACAAUCAAGGGCGGCUCGGCGCGCGCGGCGAACCGAUCCGUGGCGCCGGCGAGCGGGCGUCGGAGGAGAUGACUUACUCGAUCCGAUGACGUGGUUGUUGUUGGCGUGACGAUCGGCGAGGCCGUCUUCUUCUCUUGCGAUCUUUUUCUUUCCUCUCUUUAUUCCCUAAAUUUGGUGGCCGCCAUGGCCUCUGCUCCAUCGAUCGAGAUGCCUGCUUGCAACUGUACUGUCAAAAUCAUCGGGUGUAAGUUGCCAGAGCUGAUGGGCUUCUUGGUCUGAUGGAUUGAUGAUGGGGCUGAUUAAAAUUGUGCUAAUGAAUGAAUUGAUGUAUAUGGCGAUUACAAAAAGGAUUGAAGCUCAUAGUAUCUGAUUGAAAUUCCAA